CACGUAGGCGCCGCUUGACAGGCAGAAGAGGAAGACACACCUAGAUUGUUUCAGAGUUGCAGAAGAAGAAGCAAGAAAAAUACCCAAUUAGAGACGAAGACAACUACGACUCUCCUACAGUUGGAUGCUUUACAAACAACUUUCAUUUUGGCUGGUCGCUUGUAGUAAACAAUGGGGCCCUUCAACAAACGCAUCCAGGACUAUUUGGCAGAGAGAAGAAGCCAAAAGACCAGACUAGUGACCAAAGACGGCCGCUGUAACAUUGAGUAUGGGAACAUCAAGUAUACCAGUCACUUUGCCUUCCUGGCUGACUUCUGGACCACGUUUGUGGAGAUCCGGUGGCGGUUUGUCCUCUUUUUUUUCAUUGCCUCGUUCACCCUCAGCUGGUUCAUCUUUGGCCUGCUGUGGUACUGGAUUGCCCGAAGUAACGGAGACCUGACAUGGCAAAGUCCUCCCUCUGAGCACAUCCCAUGUGUUGACAACGUUGUAGGACUCACUACAGCCUUCCUCUACUCUCUGGAAACUCAGACCACUAUUGGGUAUGGUGGGCGAGCAAUCACCCCUCUUUGCCCAGGUGCUGUAGCCCUGAUCAUCAUCCAGUCCCUCAUCGGAGCAAUCAUUAAUUGCUUCAUGUGUGGAGUCAUCCUGUCCAAGAUCUCCUCACCUAAAAAGAGGGCUAAGACCAUCUCAUUUAGUGACAUGGCCGUCAUCUGUCCCAAACAUGGUUCUCUUUGCCUGAUGAUCAGAGUGGGUAACCUACGCAAGACCCUGAUGAUUGGAAGUCAGAUCUACGGGAAGCUUUUGAGAACGACAAUCACACCAGAGGGAGAAACCAUCAUUAUGGAUCAGGUGAACAUUGACUUCAUGAUGGACGCUGGUAAGGACAACCUCUUCUUCGUAACUCCUCUCACAUUGUAUCACAUUAUCGACAAGAGCAGCCCCUUCUUCGAGAUGUCAGUGGACACGAUACACAAGCAAGAGUUUGAGCUGGUGGUCUUCCUGGAUGGCACGGCUGAAUCCACAAGCUCCUCUUGCCAAGUACGGACAUCUUUCAUUCCUCAGGAGAUUAUGUGGGGCUACAACUUCAUGCCCAUCAUCUCCAGAAGCAAGGAGGGCAAGUACAGGGUAGAUUUCUCUAACUUCUGCAAAGUGGUGCCAGUAGCUACUGCACACUGCUCGUACUGUUACCACAACAUCAAAGGUCAUCAUCACCACUGCAGAAAUGGACAGGAGAACCAGGGUUUUGAGGUCAUUGACAUCAACCAAACCCCAAAUGUCACCAAGAUGUGAGACACUGAAAGGCAUGGCUAGAAAGAGUGCCCCUCAACAAUGAACUCUUUUGCCUCAGGUUAGUGCGGCAUAGCAUACGAGGCAGCAUAUCAUGUAGCAUUUGAAUAUGAAGCAAAGAGACUUGAUUAAUUUGAAUUCUUUUGUCUUUAACACAGAAGAGAAAGCCACGUGAGGGGUCAGGGCAGCAAUUGUGGGUUUUGUCUGUAACGCCACACCUAUUACUGUCUGCUGACCAAAAACCUGUUUUCAGAGACAAAGCUGGGAAAUGUAAGAGGACAUGUGAGAACAAGACAUUUUACCAAUUAAUCACAAAAGGAAUAUACAUAAAAAAUUGGUCUUUUUAAUGUAUUUCCAGGUGUUUCAUCCGAUUUGCCACAUAGAAUCCUCCAUAAAAGCAGGCAAACAAUUUAAUACAUCUCCUUUGUUUAUCUCUUACUGUUCCUCGAAGGACAGAUGUUGGACCAUGCCAGUGUUGUAGGUGAAAAAAACAGGUAAAGGUUCUUCAAUAAUUCAUGCAGCAUGCCGAACCUUUCAAAUAAUUACUUCCCAGUAAAGAGCUGGCCUCAAAGUCAACUAUUUUGAAAGUGUGAUAUAGCUGUAGUGUUCUUGAAUGAAGACAUUGUGAGAGAACAGAGCACUCAGGAAAUGCUUCAUAAGGCUGCAUGCAGCACUGUAUUUAGUAUGAAACGCAACAAUGUUUGUAAAUGUUUUUUAAAUGUUAUCUUGAUGGUAAAAUAUGCUACAAUAAAGACUGUUUUUUUUGUUUGUUCAGAUAA